AUGGAGAAGGAGAAGGACACCGUCGGCGUGUCGGUCCACGGCGACGGCGGUCGUCCGCCGCUCGGCUCCAAGCCGUUGCUAGUGUACGACCACGGAUUUGACCCCAACGGCCGGCAGACGGCGGUCAGCAUCGCCGACAUGAGCGUGCACACCCAUGUCGUGCCAGAGCUGUCGGAAAACAACUUCCAUGUCACCCCUCACGGCUGGGUGUUCCUCAACGGUUUGGGAUCGCUGCGUGCCCGGCUCUGGGACCCCCUGUCCGGCGAGAGUCUUGCCCUGCCGGACAUGGAGCACGACCUGCCCGUCCACUGGAAGUGCUAUCUGUCUGACGUGCCCACCGCGCCGUCCUGCGUAGUGCUCCUGCUGUACAUCACCGAGCCCAAGUUCCUGUAUUGCCGUGUCGGGGACACCCAUUGGAUCACGCACGAGUACGACGUCGGCGAUGUGAACCUGCCACCCUCGUACGCGCCGCCCAGGAGGAGAGUCAUCCAGCAGGCUGGCGCGGUCGGCGGCAAGUUUUACAUCCUUGAGAAGGGAAAGCUGGGCUUCCUCGACUUCUCGCCGGCGCCGGAGUUCAGCUACCACGACUACACACCUCCUGUGCCAGAGCCCGUGGACGGCUCGAAUUGCUGCAGGUCACACGUGGCGGCGUCCGGCGGCGAGCUGUUCGUAGUCCGGAUCUACCAUAAGGGAUUCACCCCCGAGAUCCUCACGGUGCGCGUGUACAAGUUCGACGACUUGGCAGGGCCGACGACGACGCUGCGCGAGGUGGCCGAUCUGGGCGACAAGGUGCUCCUCCUAAGCGACUCAAAUCAGCUGCUGCUCAAGUCGGCGAGCAAGUACGGACUGAAGGGGAACCGCAUCUACUUCAUGCACAAUGUGCUCGAGGAGCCGGAUGGCGGGUUGCUGCACGUCUUCGACCUGGAUAACCAAAGCCUGGACACAAUGCGUCCUUGCCAAGAUAUGACGGAGCUCAUGUGCUGUCCCUUUUGGAUGUUGCCCACUGAUCAUGACAGUGCACAGGAAGUAGAGAACUAA